AGAAAAGCCUUUCACCUCCUCCCUUCUCUCUUCUCCUCUCGCUCUCCGGCGCCGUUCAGUGGCAGUCGCCGUAAAUUUCCACCUCUCCCGCGGCAUUUCCACAAUCCGCCCCUCCCCCUCUUCCCCUUGCUUUCUUCUAAGCUCUCGCCGGAGUGGCUCGCUUCGUAAAUAAUCCUACUGGGAAACGGAGAUGGGUAACGCAAGCGGGAAGGAUGGAGAGAACGGGCCCGGCGGGCCGUCGGCGAGAUCGGACGGCGGGGAUCUGGCGAACAACCACCUGGUGGGCGACAUGGGGAUCUCGCCGCCGGAGAGCCCCCGCCAGUUGUCGCCGUUCAUGUUCGCUCCCCAGAUUCCAAUAGCUCCACUGCAGAGAGGUGCCGAGGUCCCUCCGGCUUUCAAUUAUACAAGGAUGAACUCUUCUCAUGGGCAUUUGGAUUCUCCCCUUGAAAAGGGAAUUCCCACACUGAUUACAUGGAGCGAUGGAGGAAACGAUGUUGCUGUGGAAGGGUCAUGGGAUAACUGGAGUUCAAGGAAGGUAUUACAGAAGUCGGGCAAAGAUCACACCAUCCUGUUGGUCCUUCCAUCUGGGGUCUAUCAGUACAAGUUCAUUGUUGAUGGUGAAUGGAGGCACAUUCCUGAUCUUCCUUGCCUGACUGAUGACAUGGGGCAAACCGUUAAUCUUCUUGAUGUCAAUGAUUAUGUUCCAGAAAAUCUGGAAAGUGUUUCUGAAUUCGAGGCACCACCAUCGCCAGACUCCAGCUAUGGUAGGUCAUUUCCUGUUGAUGAGGACUUUGCGAAAGAGCCACCAGCACUUCCACCUCAGUCGCAUGUUACAGUCCUUGGCCCCCAGAACAAUGAGGAUUCUUCAAAAAAGCCCCAGCAUGUUCUUCUCAACCACCUCUUCAUCGAGAAAGGAUGGGCUUCGCAGUCACUGGUUGCCCUUGGCCUGACCCACAGGUUUCAGUCCAAGUACGUGACUGUUGUCCUCUACAAACCUAUGAGAAGGUAGUAGCAGUAGAAACAUCUGCUACAGAAGUUUGAGAAGGUGAUAGAAACAGCUGCCACCCUCCCCUCUGUACGUAAGGGUGAUGCAGUUGCUGUUGAUUUUAAGGUACUUUUGCACUGAUACUGUGAAUUCUCUCCUUCUAUAAUUAGUUUGUCUCAGGAUUUUUAUAUUUUCUUUGAGCUUUUUAUCACCUGGCAUUUUGACCGCACACAAUUCUCAGUUGCUAUAACCUUUCUGACAUGACAAGUUCAUGUUGGAUCCGCAGAUAGCUGCAGAAAACUGCUUGUCUGAUUGUGACUGCCUACGAUUGGAUAGGUAAUCACUCCAAACUCAUGGUAGGAACCAUUUUUGAUAUGGAAAUGGGCCUUGUUA